ACACACACACACACACACACACACACACACACACACACACACACACACACACACACACACACCAGCAGAAAGUCUGACGUUCCUCUAAAUCCUGCAGAGAAAGAGAGUCAGAGGAAGGAUCAGCAGGAGGAAGAGGAGGAGGAUGAAGGGGAGCUGGAGGACGAGCUGUGGGGCCUCCGGGCCCAAAAGAACCAGGAGCUGAACAAGAUCCAGUCCAAUCUCGGGAAAAUCAUCCUGAAGGAAGAACUGGGGAAGUCUGCAGGUCCACUGAGGAGGAAAACCCGUUCACUGCCGGACCGGAACCAGAACACCGGCUCCGGCGCCUCCAGGUCGGUGUAUUUCCCAGCAUCCUCCAGGAGCGGCCUGUCCCGGCUGCAGUCUGCUGAGUUCGGCUCCGCAGAGAAAAACCCGGCAGGUCUGCAGAACGGAGACUCCAGGAUGGACCGGGGAAACUCGCUGCCCAGCAUGCUGGAGCAGAAGAUUUACCCGUACGAGAUGCUGGUGGUGACCCACAGAGGGCGCAGCAAGCUGCCCCCCGGGGUGGACCGGACCCGCCUGGAGAGACAUCUGUCCCCGGAGGAGUUCCUCAGCGUCUUCAGGAUGCCCAUCGAGGACUUCGACCGCCUCUCCCUCUGGAAGAGGAACGAGAUGAAGAAGAAAGUCUGUCUCUUCUGACCUUCCGGGGACUACGCUUCCCAGAACCCCCUGCUUCUCCCGGACGGCCCGGCGGGAAGCGGGACGGACUGCGGCCUCCGGACCGCC